GUUUGUUGUGGCUGACUCUGUUGUGCCGGCCGGUUCGAAGUGCUUUUCUCAAGUCCGGUUGUCGGCCAGGAUCGCUCGAGUUCCACGGCUGCAGUCAUGGCAGCCUCCACGGCGGCCGGGAAACAGCGCAUUCCUAAAGUGGCCAAGGUGAAGAACAAGGCGCCGGCCGAAGUGCAGAUAACGGCCGAGCAGCUCCUCCGAGAAGCUAAAGAGAGAGAACUCGAGCUCCUCCCACCUCCACCUCAGCAGAAGAUCACAGAUGAGGAAGAAUUAAACGAUUACAAACUCCGGAAAAGGAAGACUUUUGAAGAUAACAUAAGAAAAAAUAGGACUGUGAUUAGCAACUGGAUAAAAUACGCACAAUGGGAGGAAAGUCUAAAGGAAAUUCAAAGGGCUCGAUCCAUAUACGAGCGUGCUUUAGAUGUCGACUACCGAAAUAUUACCCUCUGGCUGAAAUAUGCAGAAAUGGAGAUGAAGAACCGCCAGGUCAACCAUGCCCGAAACAUCUGGGACCGUGCCAUCACAACUCUGCCACGCGUCAACCAGUUCUGGUAUAAGUACACAUACAUGGAGGAGAUGUUGGGCAACGUUGCUGGUGCCCGCCAGGUGUUUGAGCGCUGGAUGGAAUGGCAGCCUGAGGAGCAGGCCUGGCAUUCCUACAUCAACUUCGAGCUGAGAUACAAAGAGGUGGAGCGGGCCCGCACCAUCUAUGAACGCUUUGUGCUCGUGCACCCUGCUGUGAAAAACUGGAUCAAGUACGCAAGAUUUGAAGAGAAGCAUGCUUACUUUGCUCAUGCGCGGAAAGUCUACGAGAGAGCGGUGGAGUUUUUUGGGGAUGAGCAUAUGGACGAACACCUCUAUGUGGCCUUUGCUAAAUUUGAGGAAAACCAGAAAGAAUUUGAAAGGGUACGAGUUAUCUACAAAUAUGCCCUGGAUAGGAUUUCAAAACAAGAGGCCCAAGAACUCUUUAAAAACUAUACCAUCUUUGAGAAGAAGUUUGGUGACCGGAGGGGUAUAGAAGACAUCAUCGUGAGCAAACGGAGGUUCCAGUAUGAAGAAGAAGUGAAGGCUAAUCCACACAAUUAUGAUGCAUGGUUUGAUUAUUUACGCUUGGUGGAAAGUGAUGCGGAAGCUGACACUGUGCGGGAAGUCUAUGAGAGAGCCAUUGCCAAUGUGCCACCCAUCCAGGAGAAGAGACACUGGAAGCGCUACAUCUACCUUUGGGUUAACUAUGCACUCUAUGAAGAGCUGGAAGCCAAGGAUCCCGAGAGAACAAGACAGGUAUAUCAAGCGUCUUUGGAACUAAUUCCUCACAAAAAGUUCACAUUUGCCAAAAUGUGGUUAUAUUAUGCACAGUUUGAAAUAAGACAGAAAAAUCUGCCAUUUGCCAGAAGAGCUUUGGGAACUUCCAUAGGCAAAUGUCCGAAGAACAAGUUAUUCAAAGGAUACAUAGAACUGGAACUGCAGCUUCGAGAAUUUGACAGAUGCAGGAAGCUUUAUGAAAAGUUUUUGGAAUUUGGACCUGAAAAUUGUACCUCAUGGAUUAAGUUUGCAGAAUUAGAGACAAUCCUUGGUGAUAUUGAGAGAGCUCGGGCAAUCUAUGAAUUAGCCAUCAGCCAGCCACGCUUGGAUAUGCCAGAGGUACUUUGGAAAUCAUAUAUUGAUUUUGAGAUUGAGCAGGAAGAAACUGAAAGAACACGAAACCUUUACCGACAAUUGCUUCAGCGAACACAGCAUGUCAAGGUAUGGAUCAGUUUUGCUCAGUUUGAGUUAUCGUCUGGGAAAGAAGGAAGUGUGGCUAAAUGCAGACAGAUUUAUGAAGAAGCUAACAAAACCAUGAGAAACUGUGAAGAAAAAGAAGAGAGGCUUAUGUUGCUGGAAUCCUGGAGAAGUUUUGAAGAUGAAUUUGGCACAGUAUCAGACAAGGAGAGAGUAGACAAACUCAUGCCAGAAAAGGUCAAGAAGAGAAGAAAGGUCCAGGCCGACGAUGGGUCUGACGCCGGGUGGGAAGAAUACUAUGACUACAUCUUCCCAGAGGAUGCUGCCAACCAGCCUAACCUCAAGCUCCUGGCCAUGGCCAAGCUGUGGAAGAAACAGCAACAGGAAAGAGAAGCUGCCGAACAGGAUCCAGAUAAGGACAUUGAUGAGAGUGAAUCCUCAUCUUUUUAAAUGUUAUAAUUGCUUUUUAUAAAUGAACAGUUUAGAACUUUGACUCCUAAAUGUUUUUAUGUAUUUACUCAGUAAGGAGUUGUUUGGCAUCUUUGAAUUAUUUUUUAAAAUGCUCUUGGGUUUAACUAUGGGUGAGAAACUGCAAGUAAAAGAAUUUUUUUCUAAGUUUUGUUACUUGAGUCCGAGCAUUUCUAGCAUUUGCUCCUAUUGUCUUUGUUAGAUGGAGUUCAUGUGCUUAGCACAUACGUUGGGUCGAACUGCAGACUAAACUCAGUGUUCAAGGUCCAUUCUCCAGGAAUAGACACAGGUUUAUCAUGAUGGUGUUCAUGAAUCUGAAACUUUUAGAUUUCAUGUCUCUAAAACCACAAAACUGGAGUCCAACUCUAACACCUCCAUGUGGUGGCUGUACGUUUCCAUUGAUUUUCAGUUUUCUCAAACAAGCAGUAGUAUGGUGGCACCUCAUUUUGAUGAUUCCAUUAGAAAAGGAGUAUGCUGAUGUCAAUCUUGUUCCAACAGCACACCUUCCCCUGCCCCUACUGCCUUUUAGCAUCAUGUGUCUACUUCUCAUAGAAUUAAAUGGACUUGGGCUAGUUUUCUCUCUGAAUAUCUGAACAGAUUUAUAGUGACUGUAUUUUUUGACCCCAAGUCUUUGUCAGGAACAUUUUAGUUUGGCUUCAGUUUUUCUCUCAAACUAGUUAAGUUUUGUAGUAGCUUGUUUAGAAAACAAUGGCCUGCAUUCACGGAUGCUGAGGCAGUGUCCUAUUGGAUUUAUUAUGUAAAUGUCUGUGUUAAGUAUGAUUCACCAUUGCACUACUGCCAGUCCCAAGCUUUGUGAAUUCUGCAGUUAUAGUUGCCUAGAAACUAUGUAUCUCCCAACAUGCCUCAGAAUGUGUGAAUUCUAACAACUGAUGUUUAACAGUUGUCAUUAAACAACAGGAGUCC